UACUUUCGCUGUAAAAAUGAAUAUGAAAGAAAAAGUAGCAAUCAGUCUUCUAAUGGAGAGUACAGCCAACACCAGUACAAGUACAGAGGACUCAAGUACCAAUGAUAUAGACUGGAACAAUACUAGUCUUUCAGCCAGUAAUAUAUCUUCAAGCAGUGAAGAAAACGAUAAUUAUUUAUUGAUAUUUCCUCUAAUGAAAUAUUUAUUGAGUGGACAUAAGAGAAAUCGAGUUGAACAUUAUCUUAAUAUUGUGGAUAGCUGGACAGACUUGGAAUUUAAGGAGCACUUACGAAUCCAGCGUAUCACAGCAAUUCGAUUAAUAGUGGAUCUAUACCUUCACAUUCGUUUGGAGUGAAACCAAUUGUAGCAAAACUCAGUUUUGUUAUAUUUUUGUGGCACUUGGCGAAUACAGA